AUGUUCAGUCACCGGGUGCUCCUCAUUGGUCUCUUGGCUUGCGCCAGGGCGACAGUUCAAGAGAUCACGACUACAUCAAUCGCCAGUGUCUUUCUGCCUAAUGCCGACCAAUUCGCGUAUGGUGUUAUGGGCUCAAUUGUUUCCGCCGACGCCAACAAGACAGCUAUUGUUCUUGGGUGCCCGCCCCAUUCGAAGACCGACUUUUGUCAAUACAUGUAUGGUGACACUGUCACAUAUGGUCCUACAACAUUCAGCUAUGAUGCACCGCUCUCUACAACGGAAUGGCCCAUUUCAGGUGCAACACACGUGGCGUCUUAUAAUCGAGCGUGUUCACUUGAUACCAAGGCCGAUAUUGCCUAUUGCACAGAAGAAAGGAUCUCGGGAUCCCCUGGAGAGGCGCAAUCAACACAUUACACGGGGACGACUUCGAGCUUUAGCGACCUGCGUACCAACGUAACCGUUACAGCUGGUUUCGAGAAAUUGGAGUCGUCCUCGGCCACUUCCCACCAAACGCCGACCCUGCCUACGACAACAUCUGGUGGAGACGACUAG